AUGUCACUGACAUUUUUAAUUGGCUGUGCUACGGCAGUGUUUGUUAUACUCCUGACUCUGCUAUAUUUGCAAAAGAAAAGGCAACCUCAAGGAGAAGCAAAACCACAGCAACAACAACAACGUGGUGUACCACAACGAGCCCAGGAAGGUGUACCCAGGAGGGCACAAAUUGUACGCAAUCAACGUAAUCGUUUGCGACAAAAUGCAGCCGCACCUGCUGCUGCCCAAGACAAUGCUGGAGCUCAAAACAAUGACAGCGAUGAUGACAAUGACCAAGGAGAAAUUCCCCAAGGUGCUGUUUUGGAUGAAAAGAUGGGCGCAAAGAAACGUGCAAAAAUGGAAGCCAAGGAGGCUAAGCGUCAGAUGCGUGAACAAGAAAUGAAAAUGCGUGAAGAGAAGAAGGCCAAGGAUGCCAAAUUGGAAGAGGAACGUAAAAAGCUGGAGGAACAAGAAGCCGAAUUGGAACGUAAAAAAGAAGAAGCUGAACGUUUGGCCCGCGAAGAGCAGGAACGUCGUGAACAUGAAGAAUAUCUGAAAAUGAAGGCAGCCUUUAGUGUGGAAGAGGAAGGUUUCGAAGAAGACGAUGAGGAAAAGGAAAAUCUACUGGCCGAUUUCAUUAAAUACAUUAAAGACAACAAAGUUGUGGUUUUAGAAGAUCUAGCUACAGAAUUCAAACUGAAGACCCAACAGACUAUUGAACGCAUACAAGAAUUACAGGCAAAUGGCACCAUAACUGGUGUCAUUGACGAUCGUGGUAAGUUCAUUUAUAUCUCCGAGGAAGAACUUGAAUCGGUGGCCAAAUUCAUUAGGCAAAGAGGUAGAGUUUCGAUACAAGAAUUGGCCGAGAGUAGUAAUAAAUUGAUAAAUUUGACACCUGUUGCUACCAGUUAA